UAAUCUCGAUAGGAGACCUAAACAAACCAGCGGUUCGUUUCAUUCAGGUGUGUCAGGAAUUUCUUCUCGGUGGGGUAUUUUAAGAUGGAAGAAACGUGGUUUUGUUUCUAGAGAUUUUAUUCGCCAUGGGAGACAGGGAUACAUUUUCUUUUAUCUAAAAGGAUUUGUCCAAAUCAUCAUCGAAUCAUCAUCGUCAAGUUUUCAAUACCCUUCAAUACUUUAUAUUGAAUAAGGAUUAACAAUUUGGAUUAUAAAUGGAUUACAGGAUUAUCUUACAAAGGAUUAGCUGUUUGUAACAGAUACCGUAUAACAGUGAGCUAGGUCUCCAACUGUUCUAAAGAUGGGCACACAACGAGCUUCUUACAUGGACGAGGCCCGGGGGGUGGAGGAUAUGAUCGGCCUGAUCGAUUUGAACGAACAUUCCAUUUUGACCAACUUAAAACUCCGCUACAGAAAAGAGCUAAUUUAUACAUACACAGGCAGCAUCCUAGUGGCAGUCAACCCAUACAAAACAUUCAACAUAUAUGGCCUGGAUAUGGUAAAACGAUAUGAGGGGCGAGCACUGGGUGACCUUCCACCGCAUCUUUUUGCGAUUGCCAGUGUGUCCUACUCCAAAAUGAUCAAAGAUACAGAAAAUCAAGUUCUAGUGAUAAGUGGGGAGAGUGGGGCUGGCAAAACAGAGAGCACCAAGCUGAUCAUGCAGUAUUUGGCCGCGGUCAACAAAUCUGGCAACAACCUCAUCACUGAACAAAUCCUUGAAGCAAAUCCACUUUUGGAGUCUUUUGGUAAUGCCAAAACCAUCAGGAACGAUAACUCCUCUAGGUUUGGAAAAUAUAUUGAAGUCUUCUUUAAAAGUGGCUCUAUUGUUGGGGCUAAAACUUCAGAGUACCUGUUGGAGAAAUCCAGAAUCGUCACACAGGCCCCCCAAGAAAGAAACUAUCAUGUUUUCUAUGAGAUGCUCGAUGCAUUAAAUGAUGAAGAAAAAGCAAAAUAUGGAUUGCAAUCAGCACCCAAAUAUUUUUAUCUGAAUCAAGGUGAAAGUUUUCACAUCUCUGGCCGCGAAGAUGCACAAAACUACAGAAAACUGGUGGCAGCCAUGGAGAUUCUCAAAUUUGAACGUCAGGAGCAAGAGACAAUUCUCAAGAUUUUGGCGUCAGUGCUGCACAUUGGAAACAUAUUCUUCAAAAAAAUUAGUGUAAACAACCAUGACACAGUUGAGCUUGGAUCUGACGCAGAAAUCAAAUGGAUUUCCUACCUGCUGGAGCUAUCUGAUGACUGGCUUAAACAAGCACUCACCAGCAAAGUUACUGAAGCUAGAGGGGACAGAGUUUUUUCUCCUUACAGCAUAGACCAAGCCUUAGAUGCCCGGGACGCCAUAGCCAAAGCCUUGUACUGUAGGAUGUUUUCCUGGCUGGUUGAACGCAUCAACUACAUCAUCUGCAGAGCUGAGCGAGAGAAGUCAACAUCUCUUGCAGUGCUGGACAUUUUUGGUUUUGAGGAUUUCCUGCUAAACAGCUUUGAGCAGCUGUGCAUUAAUUAUGCAAAUGAGACUCUCCAGUACUUCUUCAACCAACACAUCUUCAGGUUGGAGCAGAAGGAGUACAUCAAAGAGAAGAUCAAAUGGGAGCACAUCGAGUUCAAGGACAACCAGCCAACCAUUGACCUCAUCUCCACCAAACCUGCUGGGAUUCUGCACAUUCUGGAUGAUGAGUGUAAUUUCCCACAGUCAACAGACAAAUCUUUCCUGGAGAAAUGCCACUUCCACCACUCUGGCAAUGAACUCUAUGACAAGCCCAGGAUGUCUGACCCAGAGUUCUUCAUUGUCCACUAUGCUGGGAAGAUCAAAUACAAUGUUCAACACUUCCUGGAGAAAAAUAAAGACACAUUGAAAAGUGAUGUUAUUGAGCUGAUGUGUGAAAGUAAAAACAAGAUGAUAGCCCAGAUGUUCAAGGACCAUAGGGACAGACUAAUUACCAAAACACUGAGUAAAAUGACUGGCCACUUUGUCACCAAAAAGCCAAGAACAACAACUGUGGCUGCCAGCUUCAAUGAAUCUCUCCUAUCCCUCAUUGACACAAUGUCAAGGUGCAAUCCUUACUUUGUUCGCUGCAUCAAACCCAAUGCCAGCAAAGCUCCGAUGGACUUUGAGGACAUUGUUGUGUUGGAUCAGCUCAGGUACUCCGGCAUGCUGGAGACCAUCAGGAUUAGGAAGAUGGGAUAUCCUGUUAGGAUCAAGUUCCCACAGUUUGUUGAAAGGUACCAUUGCCUGAUGAAGGGCCAGCAUAUCAAAACCAACCAGGUGCCGUGGGAUGUUUGUAAGAUCAUUCUACAGACACAAGGCCCAGGGUACAAGGACGAGUACCAGAUAGGUGCCACAAAGGUGUUCAUGAAGGAAACUUUCGAAAUGAGGCUGGACAACGAAGCUCUGAAGAUCCGCUCUAAGGCGGCCAUUCAGCUGCAGACCUACAUGCGCAUGUACAUCGUGUACAAGAGACAUCAGAAGCUGAGGAGGAGCACUAAGAGGAUUCAGUGCAUGGUGCGAAUGUGGAAGACAAGACGUGAAUUCAACAAACUACGAAAUGGCAUCAUUUUGGCUCAAGCCCAAUUUCGUAUGUUUAGGCAACGUAGGAAAUACCUAAAGACAAGAGAAGAAAUCCGCACACGUCUAGAGCAGCACAAGUUAGCCAGAAGAAAACAAGAAGCUGAAGAAAAAGUUGAACGGGAACGCAGGGAAAGACAAGCACAAAUGAUGGCCAGCAUUGCAAAUCUGGACAUCCCUGGGGAGUUAGCCCUGGUGUACAGUAAAAUUGAUGACUGGGACUUGUACCACAAUGGCCAGCAUGUAAUCAUAGCCCCAGGAGAGGUCACUCCAAUGGACAUGGGCUACAAACUUCCUGUGGACAUUAAUUCUCACGUUUUUAACAAAUUUACCAGUAUAUACUUUAAGAACCCUAACUGGGGUGUACAGAUGGAGCCAAUCAAAACUGCCCUUACAGCUGUACAAGGUGAAGAUAAUAUACACAGGGCUGUAGCUGUGUUCAAAUUGAUUCUACGGUUCAUGUGUGACCCACAUCUCAAUGAGAAAAAAGAAAAAAUCCUGGCUGAUUUCAUAAUACAAAUGGGUCUGAAAUAUGAAGGACUGAGGGAUGAAAUUCUGUGCCAGCUUGCCAAUCAAACCUGGAAAAAUCAAAAUCUGGAACGUUUAGAAAAAGCUUGGAAACUCCUGGCCAAUUGUCUCUGUUGUUUCAACCCAAGCAGCAACUUGUUCAAAUAUUUCCUCAAGUAUGUUUCAGAUGUUGGAGUAAAUGGAUACAAAUAUUUAUGUCAACACAAAACUUUACAGAGUGCUCACAUGAAUCCUUUACUGAGUAGAAUUUACCCUCCCACUUUCUUAGAGUGGAAGGCUAUUGAGAGGAAAGCCAAUAUGGCUCUUGAAGUCAAAUUUCCUGAUGAUGUCAGUGUCUUUGGUCAUGUUGAGUCUUGGACUUCUGGAGAAUUGUUCACCUCCCAUUUGCUCAAGCUUAGAGGCCUACAUGAAAACAGUCAAGGCUGGACUGUCCAGCUACAAGAGGAUUCUGACUACUACGAGUUGAUGGGCUAUGACUUUGUCCUUGACCUCGUUAGUGAGAUGGAAAUAGCACCAGGUUUUCCCACAUGCACAGCAUACUUUCUUGUUUCUGUUGACCGGAGCAAGGAAGGUUUACAUCAUAAGCACAGAAGUCACCAGGAAGGACCUCAUGAUCCAGAGAAAGAAAGAAUUCUCAUACUGACUGGACCGCUGCCUCAGAUGAUCAAGAGGGACGUGCCCAUCAGUGUGUCCACACAGAGUGAACAAAGAGGGGUAACCCACUCUACCACAAACAGAAAAGUCCAGACCAGUUCUGUUGAAGAUGACCUGGGCUUUUCUACAACAAGUGUGCUGAACCAGAGACCAACAGAAAUUGUGCCAGUUGGCCUGUCGGAAAACAGUCGAAUGAAUGUUCGUUACACCAAGCGGUCCCGUGCACCCAGUGUCCCGGCAAUGAACGGCCACGUUCCCAAUGGAAUACUUAAUGGGGACAUAACAACUAUCACUGAAGAUGAGGAGCUCAAUGGCCUUUCUGAUCUGUCAGACACUGUCCUCAACACACGCUACUUUGAAGAUGGGGAAUCCAAGUUGAAAGACACCAACGACCUCUCUAAGAGUGUGCUGAAUCAGAGGUACAACAGAAAAAGUAACGUCACUCGAAGCAAGUCAGGCGUGUCGGCUCAGAUCAACCGUAAACACCUGAGUGUCAACCAGGAUGAGCUACGGUCAGGCAACUCUGACAACACUGACUGGUCACAUCUUGUGGAGGACAUUUUCAGUAAUGCCUUGAAUGACCAUGAUGAACAAAAUGGACGUGCUCUUGGUGUUCGUAUCAAGGGUGGAGGCCAAGGUGUGCCAGGAUAUGAAGCACAACAGCCUCUCGCCCAGGGAUUCAACUAUGGCUUGACCAACCCACUGCUGGCUUCUAACCCACCUGUAAUUCCACCUUUAAAUCUGCAAGCAGGCUCUUCCAUGGCACCUUCUCUUGGUCUGAUAAACACAGAUCCACUCCAACAAAUUGCUGCCCAACAGAUGGCCCAGCAGCAAGCUGUUUUACAGGCAUACCUGGCCCAACAGCGUCAACAGCAACAGCAGCAACAACAGCAGCAGGCAGCACUGAUGCAGCAACAAAGCCAGCAGGCUCUUCAAGCCUCCAACCAGCAAACUCUAGCCCUUAAAACUGCAUUGGCACAGCAGGAGUUGCAGAACAAGUUGCUCAAACAGACCAUUGAGCAAGAGGUACUUAGGCAGCAGCUUCAACAAGUACAGUUUGCUCAACCGGUCCUUGCACCAGUAAUGGCCCAGCCUCCAGUACUGCCUCAAGUGGUUCCUCAAGUCAUUCCUCACAGUGCAACAUCCAUCAUCAGCCCAAGCUCCAGCUUCAACUCUGGUUUCAAUGGUGUGGGACUGGUCAAUGGGACUGGUGAUGUCCCUUACAUGGUCAAUGGCACAGCACAUGGCUCAGAACAGGAUAGUCCUAGAAAAGUGCAGUCAAUAAAAUCAACAUUUGAGCAACAGAAACAGAUGGAACAGAAAUCUCCACCACCAACUGCACCAAAACUACCCAAGCACAGGAUGCAGUUUGAGAUUCCAUCCCAUGGAUCUUCCUCAAGUGCAUUGACACGAACAAUCACCAUAACAAGCACCUCAACAACUGAUGUGCCAGUUAGAACGGUUCCACCACCCCAACCUCCCCCGCCCCCUGUAGUGACCUACGCCGACCCACCAUCACUCCACACCCAGCCAGCUGUGCCUCCUGCUCCUCCACCACCACCCCCACCUCCCAUAGAGAUUGACAGAGACAGAGGCACGUUUACCAUCAGAGACAAAUCUGGCCGAGCCAGGACUGUGAGAGUUGGCAAAGUUGUCUGGCCACCUCCAGUAGAGAAGGAAGAGAAAUAUAACAUUCAGGUGGGAAAACUGGAAAUUGAUGAAAAAGUGGCCAGCGGUAUAGAAGACAGAAUAUCUGGAAAAAAGAAGUGGCAAAAACCAGAGGCCCCCAAGCAAGAGGGUCAGCCAAAGUCUAUUUUGAAAUCUGGAGAAACAAAAAGAACAAAGUCUCUGAUUGAAUCUUCACAUUUCAACACCCUGAAACUUCUGGAGCAGAAACUGGGACAGGGGGGACCAGCUGCCCCACAUGACCCCCCACCACCCAAACCACAUGUGUCCAAAAUGGUGUCAGAGGGAACAGAAGCUAAUAUUUAUGAAAAAACCAUUGUCAGAGAUGAGCCACCUCCAAUACCAAAGAGUUCUCCACCUAAACUGGUGCAAAGGAAAAUCACCACAGAGACAGUUGAAACAAUAGAAGUAAAGCGCUCCUCGGGAGAGUACAGCAAACGUAUUGAACCUGCUUCUACCUACAACAAGGUGAUAGUUCCAGAUGUUGUUAGACCAGCCCUGCCCCCACCUGAAGUUGAGACCAAACAGAAUAUUGAUUACUCAGCCUUUGAGCGUGUCAUUACUGAACUUUAUCCUCAGAAUAAGAAGAAUUUCCUGAUCUACAGCAAGGUGCCUUGGACCAUCAAUAUCCGCAAAGAAGUAUUUUGGCCAUCUGAGAAGCUUGAGAGCCCAUUGGCCCUCCAUCUUAUUUACUGCCAGAUUGUUGGUGAUGUGUACAACAAUGGAUGUGUUCGCAUCAACAAGGACCAAAGGGUUAAAAUGAGAAGCAUGCUGGAGAGCCAUGGAGUAAACCAACACAAUUACUUGACCAAAGAACUGAAGCCACAGAUCAAAAAGGUUGUUGUGGACACAGCAAAGGAGUGGCCAACAUACUUUUGUAGACUUUUCCCAAUUGCUGGAAGUGGUCAGUACUCAGGCGCCAGAUACCUUGGUGUUAGCCACACUGGACUGCGUCUUAUCACCAGGGAGAGGAAUUACGUUGAUGACUUCCUGUCUGUGAUGGAAGAAAUUAAAUUUGAAGAUGUCAUUGAUGUAGUUAUGCCCACCAACUCUACAAUUCAGCUGAAUCUCAGGACCAAAUCUCUCAUCUUCCAUACCAUGCGGGCUCAACAGCUUAAAGACAUGAUUGACAGAUUCUGCCUUGAAAGUGAAAAGGGUAAUAAGUAUGUGGUGGCAAUCAGAGACUACAUCACAAGGGAGUCAACUCUGCUCAGUUUUAAAAGAAAUGAAAUCAUUAAGCUGAUGGAUCCAGAAAUGAAGCUGGAGAAUGGCUGGCUGUAUGGGUCCCUGAAUGGAACUGUGGGUUUGUUCCCUGCCGACUAUGUCAAGCCUCUGGCCAGACAUGAAGUGGAAACAUCCAGCUCUAAACCAGUUCUCUACCAGUCCAGUACAGUGACCAAUGGUGUGAUGACCAAUGGCACCACCAUGACCAAUGGUGUGUCAAGAAGAGACUCCUAUGACAGAGAAAGUGACACAAGUCAAGGAACUGGUGUUGCAGACGGCAAGUACUCCAUGAUGGAAUAUGCCAUGCUAAACUUCAGAGAAUCUUUGGAAAAGUAUGAGAUGUUGAGGACAGAAGAUGGCUCCAUCAGGGGAACCGUGAAAAUGAUUGAAAAUGCCAAACUUCAAAAUAUGAAAAGCAAGGAAAGUGCUCAAAGAGGAAACCAGGACUGGUCUUGGAAAGAGCAGGCAGAUCUCAUUAAGUGGACCAGGUCACCAAUUCAGGCAUCUCUUCUCAAGAUGAGUUCACCAGACUUGAAUAAACUGGCCUUGGAAUGUUUCAUUGCAAUCAUGAGAUUUAUGGGAGAUUACCCAAUGGGCAGCAACAUGACAGACUUUGACUGUGCAAAGAAAAUACUGAAGACGUGUCACAAGUAUCCACAACUGAGGGAUGAAAUCUUUUGCCAGUUGUGUAAGCAGACAACCAACAACAGAAGCAUGAAUGUUAAAAGCAAGAUUAGAGGCUGGCGUUUGUUUGCCCUUGUUGCUGCUUACUUUGACUGUUCUAAAGAACUGAAGCCGUAUCUCUUCAAAUAUCUGGAGACAACAUCUGUUGACACUAACCGGGCCUACAACAAUGCUGCAGCCCUUUGUCUAAAUAAUCUCAGAAAAACUUUCAAAUAUGGAGGCAGGAAGGAUGUUCCUCUAAAAGAAGAAGUGGUUGCUCUUGCUGAUGGUCGCAACUCCAAGCGCAUUCCAUUCUUUUAUUCAGGCUCAGAUAACCAUGAAGGUCUGCUUCAAGUCAAAUCUUGUACUGUUGUGCAAGAUGCUAUAGAGGAAGUGUGUGCAAAUUUGAAUAUAACAGAUUUGGCUGAGAUGGAAGAAUACACGUUCUUUGUUAGAACAGGGGAUGGAGUUUUCAGCAAGCUCAACAGGGAGGACUACAUCCUGGAUGAAACAGCUUAUUACAUCCGCAGACAGAUACCAUUUGACUUAAUCUUUCAGCGAACUGUUUGGUAUUUCCCACUUAAACAGAACAACAAUGAUAUUUACAUUGAAAUGAUGUUCCAUCAGUGUGUCCUUGACUACCAUGAAGGAUUUUUGGUUAGACUGCCUAAUGGGAAACUUCCCCAAGAAACAGCAACAGAUAUUCCUUACCUAGGUGCCUUACUUCACAAAGCUAACAGAAUGGUCGGAACCCCAACACUGAAAGAUCUGGAUGCUUUAGUGCCAAGAAAUAUUAAAAACUUUUCUGACACCAAACCCCAGAACUGGCUCAACAAAAUUCAUGAAAACUUGGGUGCUGUUUCUUCUAUGAAUCCCCUGGAAGCCAAGGCCCGUUUCAUUGAUGUUCUACACAGAUGGCCUCUAUUUGGCUCAACUUUCUUCCUCAUUAAGAGCAUACCCAACAUAAGUGGUGAAUGCAUGCUGGCUGUCAACUUUGAAGGGAUUUCAUUCUUACGUAAAGACACCCAUGAGACGAUCAGGAAAUACCCCUUUAGCCAGAUACUGUCAACACGUCGCUAUAAGAGUGACGCAAAUGUCAACUACCUGGACAUGAAGCUGGGUGAUCUGUUAGUGCAACAAAUACUGAGGAUUGAAACUGAUCAGGGCUCUGACAUUUCAGAUUUGAUUGGUCAAUACCUCCAAGUAAUCAAUAGAUAUCAUAAGCGGUUAGACAAAAACAUUGUUGUCAAUGGUCACAACUGAUCCAGCUAUCAACAUAUGAAUCAUAAUAAUUGUACAUGCUGAGAAAGCUACAUAAUACACUUGUAAUUCUGAAGGAAGGAUAUUUUUGGUAACUUCUAUAUAUGCAAAUAUAUAUAUGUAUAUUUGAUACAUCAUAUGACUAAUUGUGUUAUUUUUUAUAUGUAAGAAAUGUUGAAUUUUUAUUACUCUGUUAAUGUGUUGAUAUUUUGAAUACCUAAUGAAAGGUCUAUUUCAAUCACGCACCUAAUUUUUCAAACAAUUAUUGUUGUAGGUCUAAAUUUUUAUACUGCUGCUAAUGUGAGCUAAAAGUUUUCCAAUCCAUUAGCCUUAAAUGAAAAAACCAGUUCUAAACCAAUCACUUCAUCAUUUUUAAAUAAAUUAAUGAUUAAGAAAAAUAAUAUGAUCUGAAAGUGAAGGUUUAACCCCAUACAGCUAGUAUGUUCUACUUACAUUACAUGAUGUGUGUUAUAUAUAUUUUACAAUAAUCAAAAGCUGUAAAUAAUUAUUUAACGUAACAUUUUUUUCAUAUAUAAAUAAAUAAUUUUUUCAGUUUAUGAAUAAUAAAGUUUUGAAGUUCUAUUUUUUUUUCAGCAGCUCAGUAAAAAAAUUGUUUAAGGUUUAGCUUAAGUUAACUGACUUAUUAUUAAUUGGAAUAUGAAUUUUAGAUUCUAAGGAAGUAAUUUUUACAAACUUUUAAAAUUUCACGCAAUGCUAAUUUUCCAAAGAGA